GCGCUGGGACGAGGAAGACGAAAAUCAAGAUGGUGGUGGCCGCCGGCUGCGCUGCGCCAUGGUGACUCGCAGGGCGCGGCGGGGCGCGGAAUGAUGUCCUCCGCCGCUGCGGCACCAUGUCGUGGCACACGAGCGCCUUCUUCUCGUCGCUGGCCCUGUGGACCGUGGCCGUGCUCUUCGUGUCGCCCGAGACGCAGGAGAGCCGCACCGCCUGGCGGCGAGGCGGCGUCAGCGCCCACGACCAGCUCCUGCUCGGCUGGCGCAACGUGACGGUGGCGCUGCUCUGCGCGGCCAUCAUGUCGCUCGGCUACUGCAAGCUGCGGCUCUACCUGGACGAGAUGUCGGACGCGCUGGCCGCCGGUCGGACGGGCCUCAACCCGUACAACGUCAACGACGGCCGCUUCGUGUUCAGUAAUGACAAGGUCACGAUGACACGGAGCGUACUCAACUGUCACGACCGUGCUACAGAAUUUCUGGCAUCGUAUAGCAACGAGAUCGCCGAAAUGGAAGAGAGCAUGCGCGCCAACUUCCGGCUGCUCAUCGAGGACAUCACCAGCUGGCAAAGCGAGCUUUCAAUGGUCACCCGGGAGCUGCGAUCGGUGGCGGCGUCAGGGCAGUCGGCGGUGACGCCGCCGCCGAAUACGGCGCCGUCCGACGUGUCGGGCAUCCCCGAUCAGGGGGCCGCGGGAGGCGGGAGUACUGCUAGCUCGGGCACCAACUCGCCACAGCAGGGUCUCGGUCCGCCCAAGGGGCCGGACGCCCGGAGCAUGCUGGUGACGAAGAAUCGGCGCCAGAUCAGGCACACCGGCGGCAGCUCGUCGGGCGGCGCCACCGAGCGCCCGUCGCGGCCGCCGAAGCUUCUAGGCGCGCAGGCGGACCGCGGCACCGAAGAAGUGGACGUGUGGCCCCCAACGACGCGGGGCUCGGCGGCGCGCACCAAUGUGAUGGCGUCGUCGCGCAACGCUCGCCACGGGGACCCCACGCGCGAGAACACUAUUCUGAACGUGCGCCGGCGCACGAACAACUCGCGCGCCUCCGACUACAGCCCUGCCGAGCGACACGGGUUCGACGACCCCCGACCGCAGGCCGAGAACGUGCCCAUCGAGCUUGAAGAGAGGGCCGGCGUUGGCGCCGUGCCAUCCAAGAUGCAGCAGCGGCAGCAUGAGGACGCAGCGCCCACGGCAACACCACCGCCCAGGGCUUCGGAUGAGGGUAGCCAGUUAGUGCCCUGGACAGGUGGCGAUGACCUGGACGCGGACAUUGCGCCUUCGCCCAAGGAAGACAACUCAUCAGUCUACCGCGCGGCGUCGCUGCAGCGCCUGCCACAACGCAACGAACGCCAGCAGCAGCAACAACAACAACAAAGGAAGGAGCACACGGAGCCGAAACCUGGCGACGAAGAGAACACGGGUGACAGACUAUGAAAUCAUAAGUUGGCAUCAUGAAAUGCUGUAAAUGGAAAGCGAUCAAAAAGCCAUGUCUAUCGUCUAACUCACGACAAGGUCUCCUAACAGUCUUUGAAGUGCUGUUCUUUCUUUUCCUGUAGCAAACGCUUCAUAAAGUCUAUACCAACGCCA